CUGGUUGACAUAGCUUGUGAGGCCAACUUCAACUUGGCAAACUGCGAUCCAUCCAGAACUCGUUUGGCACUCUCCGCCAGCCUGUAGGUUUCCUCUGGAGCUCACAAAACAAAAACACAAAACAAAACGUAAAGCACAAUAAUAACAGCAAGCUACACAACAGAACAAGCAACGAGGAACGAACAGCCAUGAAGAUCUCUUCAUUGAUCACCGUUGCAAUCGUCAUCACGUUUUCGGCUACUGCCGAUCAUGUAUCCGCUUCGGAGCCUUUGAAAAAGGGACUACGCGGAGAGCAAAAGCCGAACUCUGUGGCACGGCGAGCUAAGAAAACAUGUGCCUACGAUCCUGUCAGAAACCCUGUACCAGGUCCUUGCCCACCUAAUUCAGCUGCCGUCUUCAACUCUCGUUCUUGUGCUUGGGAAUGCAAGUCACUUCCUGCUACGAAUCCUCCGGCUGUGCAGUUGCCUGAAACUGGUGGAGGAAGCAACGGCAUCCAAGAACGAAGCAGCAACGAAGAAGACAACACCAAAGAAUAUGGAAGUGGCACAAGAUCCGUAGCAGUUUCGGUCACCUACAAUGAAGAUGCACAGAAUGUGGCAUGGUCCUUGACCGACACUAGGACAGGAUACCCGGUUCUUUGGUCUGACUAUGGCGAAGUUUCGGAGGCGGGUGUGGUCACAAAGAUUGCACCUGGAGUUGUGACAGGGCCUUACCAGCUUGCAGUGCACAACAUCUUUGGAAGCGGCACUGGUGGGGUGGAAGUGAUCGAUAUGACUGAGUAUGAGGUUGAUCAAGCGACUCAAGAGAUCCUUCAUGGUGGAAACAUGCUCUUUCAACACGGUGGACGCUUUGGGGCCAUGCUUUUGGAGGACAUUGAUAUCUUCUAGCUAGUCUCCCCUUUGCUGUUGCUCGGCGUGGUGGCAAUGGAGGACAAUGCAUUGUGGUACCCGUACCGACUCCAGCUUUUAGAAAAGACAUAAUAGAGUGAAAAGCUAUAGAUGGG